UUCAGUUCACGUGGUGUGGGAUUACUGCAACUCCCCCUCCUCCUCCUAACAUCAAUCUUCUUCCAGAGUUGGAACUGCGUAAUAAGAUUGUCAGGGAUCUCGAAGGAACUGGCUAAUUGCAAACGAUGCAGAGAACGUAGUCAGGGAGGGGGGGAGGUAGGGGGGGGGAGAAGAACCCGGAGGUACACUUGCAGCAAGGAUCUGGUUUUAUUCUCGUGCUACUUGGGUGCGGAUGGUGGUCGGAGGAAGACUGGUGGAAGGAUCUGGGGCUUGCUCGAGAGUGGAGUCACGAUGAUUGUGUGUGUGAAUGCUUGGAUUGGUUUUCUAUCUUGAAUGCUGGGGGAUGAAGUGUUUAGAACCCGGAAAUAGUUUAAUGAUUUCAGGUGGUGUUGUCACGUGAAUCCUACGAAUCAGUUAUUGAUCGGAUUUAGACGGGGUUAGUCAGGAAGGAGAGUGGGUGGGGUGUAGGAAGUAAGCUGAAUUCUAUUGGAUGCUUGUUAGGGAGGAGCAACUUGACAAGGUCGGCUCAAGAAAAGGGGCUGAAUAUUGGGGGCCUUUUUUCUUCUUUUUUUUUUCUUUUUUUUUCUUUUAUCGUCUUGCCCCGACUCUCCUUACACAGUAGUUCUUCGAAAUGCUCGUCGUGUAGUGUCGUAGUGAUAUGUUGGUCGGUGGGAAACGGUUUUAAGGGAGUGGCUUUAUGGGAGUAUAUAAAAUGCCUCUGGUUAUUUUUGGCGAUGGAUUUUGAUUUUGGAUUUAGGGGACGAAGUUGGGGUGCUGGGUUUAUGAGAUUACGUGUGAGUGGUGUCACGAGGCACUGCUUGACAAGGGGGUCGGUGGAGUAGUAGCCGUCGUCUUAAGUAUUCUGUGUGGAAUUACAAGAAAAGAGGGUGUUUCGUGAGUGCUCUGUUUCGUGGGUUGUUUGUUUUUGUUUGUUGUUGUUGUGAGUUGUUGGAGCGAGUUAGCCAUGGCAUCAAAUCAACCUCCGAAUCCAUUUUCGCUCAUUCGAGCGGCUUCCAUCACUCCGGCGGCGCAGAGCAGCUUGCAGUCGCUGCUGAGUCAAGGCUCGCAGGACUUGGCAGAUUUCGUGUGGCCGGAGGAUGAACGUCCGACUAUUCCACACAACGAUUACCGGCGCGAUAGGGAGCUCCCUGUCAUCGACUUGUCAGGCUUGCAGGAUGGGUCCGACGAGACGAAGAUGAAACUGGCGAAGCGGAUUGCUGCUGCCGGCUCAGAGUGGGGGUUUUUUCAUCUCAUAAACCAUGGUAUCCCCGUCGCUGACCUAGACGAGGUGCAGUUACAAACCCGACGCUUCUUCGAGCUUCCCAUGGAGCAUAAGCAGCGUGCCAUGAGUCUUGAGACUGCCAACGCGAAUAAUGUAUAUGGUUACGGAUUGAACACUACUGGAUACAAGUACGCAGGUCGCCCCUGGAUCGAGCGAUUUCAGUGUAGCUGGUCCCCCAAGUCCAAUCUCCGCGAGCAGGCUCAGCGUUUACUCGAUGGUCAAGCCUUUCACGAUUUCCAAGCAGCUGUGGAAUCCUUUUGCUCAGGAGCAGAGAAGCUGGCGAAGCUUACCCUGGAGUUGUGUGCUCUGGGGUUAGGCCUGGCUCCUGAUACUUUUAGCCAACACAUGAAUCCCAGCCAAUCGAUUGCACGAUUGAAUUAUUACCCCGCCUGUCCGACCCCGGAUCUCACCCUUGGUUUGGGCGCGCACACUGAUCCCUACACCCUCACUUUCUUACAUCAAUGUCAAGUGGGGGGAUUACAAGUGUGUAAGGACGGGAAAUGGAUCACCGUUAAGCCUCGACGAGGCGCGUAUGUUGUCAACGUCGGAGACAAUCUCCAGGCAUGGACCAAUGGACGAUUCAAGAGCGUGGAGCACAGAGCUGUCCUAAACGACAAAGUGUCACGGCUAUCUCUAGUAUUUUUUUAUGCUCCUCCUCUAGACACUGUCAUAUCAGCUCCUCAAGAGCUGAUCCAAGCUGACGGCAAGCGACGCUACAAAAGCUUCACGUGGGGAGAGUAUCUCGAUUACUUAAAGAGGCAGAAUUUUGAGAAGGGCAAGAAUGAGCGAUGGGUCGAAGGCUUUGCACUUUGAGUCCAAUAGCCUGCUCCGCUUGAAUUUUGCGUAGGGGAGGACGAUUCUUGUACACUUCUGGACUAGCUGCCACUCAUAGGGCGAAGUGCAGCUCCUCUUAUUUUCGGACCAGCUUGAGUGUGCCAAAGUGCACUUCGCUGCGAUUUUGUCCCACGCACUUGAAAAUCCUUCUAUGCACACGGAGGCCUAGAAACAAUUAUGACUAUUCUUAAGUGACACUACCCAUGAGCUGCGAAGGUGAAGCAUUUUGCUUCGUGCACAACUUUUUGGGGGUCAAAAGGUUUCCAUGAACGAUCUCAUUCUUUCUCAUCAUAUCCAGCAUCCUCCUCUCCUCUCCCGUCGGCCAGUGGGUCGAUGAUGUCUUCUUCCAUCUCCUAUUAUUAACUACAGUUUUCCAAAUUCAAUCUUGCUUCCAAUUCCGUCAUCUUCUUUCGUCUCCCACAUUUGUCUGCCCACCUUCUUCACGCCUCCAGUCGCCUGUGCGCUUCUACUUUGCACGUAACCUUAGAUUUCUGCAAGAGUUUGCCUGGAGCCAUUCCUACUUAUCUAGCUUAGCUACUUGUGGUCUGAAGGGAUUCUUCGGGGUUCAGAAUGAUGACUACGUUCCAGAGCAACAGCUCCUUCAGGAUUCAAAGUAGUUUCUCUUCUACGUCGCAUCUCUUUAUAUGUGGGUCGUUUCUCCACCAACAUACGUCCCUCUUACAGGCUUUAGAGAAAUGGUAACCAUGAGCACGGAAUGAGGAUCAGCACGGGAUCAAUGUGUAUGUAUGCCAACCUUGGUUGGCGGUUCUGUUAAAUAAUAACUUGUAACCGUUAAGAGCAGUCUAUGGUUCUCGAUGCAUUCGCUUGAUUCACCUCAGAGUUUCUCGAAAUGCCCCCAAGUUUCCAAUGUGCUGAGUACAAUUCCUACAAUGCACAUGGGGACCCCUGGAUCUGACUUCUGCAACAGCAAAAGCCCAGUUCAACCAGUUUCGUAGUCUCCAGCUGAUGCUGCAGCCUCCUACGUUGAUGACCUGCUCACAACUGCAGGGUCGAAAACAAUGUCUGGGAGUGAAGAAAGGAAACGAGCCUUGCGAAGUGGAGACUGGCGCUGCUGCCCUAAAGACCAUAGCUGCCUUGUCUGUGCACCAUCAGAACUACACAAUCCAUCAUGAGCUUGCACAUGGCGUAUCGAUUUCAACCUCUUGCCUUGUGGCGUUAGUCUUCGCUGAUCUGACAGUGAACUUAAAAUUAGAACCAUAGAGGACAGUUGUGCAUGUGUUCUAUCAUGAAGCAUCACUUCUGUCUUCAAUAACCCAAUGUCUGAAUAGAAUAUUGCUUCAUUCUUCA